UCUUUCUGCCUUCACAAUUCAAUGAUCGAGUCAGGUUUGAGAACCUUGAUUCCAAAUGUGUGUUUUAGAUGUCUUGGAGUUUGAAACCUUUCAGGGGCUAUCUUAAAUUAUUUUAGCAGUUUCCCACAGAGUUUCAUUAUGCACUUUGUUGGAUUGGAUUGCUGCUUACAAUUAACAACUGAAACAAUUAAGAAAACAAAUAAAGAUAAUCUAGUCAAACCUUACCAAACUAUUAAUCUUCCCAUGUGACAACUGACAUGUUGAAUUCUUGAUCCUUUUGCAAGAAAAAUUAAUCAGAUGAUAAUGGAGAUCAUUACUAGAGAAACCAUCAAACCAUCCUUCCCAACCCCAAUUCACCUCAGGAAUUUCAAGCUCUCUCUUCUCGAUCAGCUUGCUCCUGUAUGUUAUGGUCCCCUGCUUCUCUUCUACUCCUUAAAUGCCCAAAUCAAUCCCCAGCUGACACUUUCAGAAAGAUCCCGGAUUCUAAAGACAUCGCUAUCUGAAACCUUAACCCGAUUCUACCCACUAGCCGGUAGGAUCAAAGAUGAUACAUCAAUCGAAUGCAACGACUAUGGGGUUGUUUUCGUUGAAACACGAAUCAACUGUUUUCUCUCAACGUUUCUGGGAGAACCUGAUGCCCAGAUGAUAACAAAAUUGAUUCCUAUUGAAAUUGAAUCCCCAGAAGCAUGCACGGGCAGUUUGCUACAGGUUCAAAUCAAUUGCUUUUCCUGUGGUGGAUUGGCGAUUGGAGUGUGUAUUUCGCAGAAGAUAUCAGAUGCACUCACGGCGACCAUAUUCAUCAAGGAUUGGGCAGCCACGGCUGCUAGUGCUAGUUCUAGUGCUGGUUGUGGGUCAACCCAGCAAGCUGAGGCUCUGCUCCCAUUAUUUAACGCAUCAUCGAUCUUUCCGCCUCAAAAUUUUUCGUUCAAAAUGCCAAUUGCCCAGCUGAAGAAAGAGGGGUACGUUGCAAAGAGAUUUUUCUUUGAAGCCUCCAAGAUCACUGCUCUUAAGGCUAAAGCUUCCAGCGAAAGUGUGAAAAAUCCAACAAGAGUUGAAGCCUUGACAGGGCUCAUCUGGAAAUGCGCAAUGAAUGCGUCAAGAUCAAACACAGAACAUUUCAGGCUAUCUAUACUCUCCCAAUCUGUGAACAUACGCAGAAGGUUGGUGCCUUCCUUGCCUGAACAUACUAUUGGGAACCUUGCAGGACACUUUGCUUCACUGGCAACAGAGGGCGAUAUAGAAUUGUCAAGCUUGGUUGGUCAGCUGAGAAAAGGGAUGAAAGAUUUCAGAGAGAAUUAUGUGAAGAAACUUCAAGGAGAUGAUGCUUUUGUGGCAAAUCGUGAAUCUUUCAAGGAAGCAGUACACAUGCGUCAAGAAGUUAAUAUAGACUUCUAUAUAAGCACUAGUUUGUGCAGGUUUCCAUUUUAUGGUAUUGAUUUUGGGUGGGGAAAGCCUGCCUGGGUCACAAUUCCAAGUGGGGCAUUCAAGAAUGUUAUUUUAAUGAUGGAUAGCAGAGAUGGGGAUGGAAUUGAAGCUUGGGUGACUCUGAGUGAAGAAGACAUGGCAUUUUUUCAACGAGAUCAAGAGCUGCUUGCUUUUGCUUCUUUGAAUCCUAGUGUAAUCUCCACGCCCAUCACCCCCAAGUCUUCUCUUUAAAUAUUAAGAAAUAUAUGCGCGCGUAUUGUUGUUUUGAUU